AUGGGUCUUCACUUAAGCUCUGCCUGGAGCACCCCCAGGGGCUGGAGGCUGAUUACAGUAACACUCGUUGCCCUGACCUUGCUGCUCGUUGUACCCCUCCAUCGGCUCAGCGACGAUUCACCAGGUGUUUAUGGGCAUUUGACCAAUUAUCUCAGCCAUGAAGGUGCCGCAUACGAUGUCGAAGAAGGCUUUGUCGCCAACCUCAACGAGACGACUACCAACCAAAUACUGAACGACAAGGAACCUGCCGAAAAGAUUCCAUACGAUACGGAUUCGCCACAAUACACAGGCGAGAAGGACAAGGAAGCCUCUGACAGUGCUGAGAAGCCUGCUGGGGCUCAACACCCAGAGGAUGACAAGAAGCCGGUUGAUGCGGAGGACGAUGGAGCGGUUCUUGAGAUUGACCAUGGCGACAGCGAUACACCUCAAAACACCGACCAGACCCACAGCGAGGUGCCAAAGGAGACCACGAAACCCGAGAGCAGCGAGACCGAAUCGCAGGGUGUACAAAGUGGUGAGCCCAAGUCGCAAGAGGAUGGAAACAAGCCCGAGGAGGCCGGUAAGGAGCAACGGCCACAGGACAACAUGCAGCCCCAGAGUGGUGAGAAGAAACUUCAGGCCGAUGAGACAGCCCCAGGCGACGAGCACAAACAACCACACAGUGAGAUCAAACCUGAAGAAAGUGAGAACAAGCAUCAGCAGGGUGAAAACAAGGCCCAGGACAAUGGAGUCAAGCAACCUGAUGGAGUCAAACUUUCUGAUCAGGCGCAAAACAACAAUGACCACAAGAACGAAAACGGCGAUAGCGCAACCAAGACCCAAGUUCAUCAAGACAUCGCGACAACCAGCAUCGCGAGUGAGUUUACCCCUUCUCAAACGGCGGACUUGGAUGUUCCUUCGGGUCCUUUAUCAAACUGGACCGGAGUUUGCGAUGGAUUUCCAAACACCGAUGGUAUCAUGCUUGUCAUGAAAACCGGUGCUACCGAAGCAUUUACCAAGCUCCCAGCUCAUCUCUUGACGAGUCUGCAGUGUCUGGACGACUAUCUUCUCUUUUCUGAUCUGGACCAACAAAUCGACAAGUACCAAAUCUACGACGUCUUGAAGGACGUGAAGGACGACGUCAGAAAAGGCCGCAAGGAAUUUGACCUUUACAAAGCCCAAACCGAAUGCCCGAUUGCUCAGCAGUAUUGUACCGAAAAUAUGAAGGAAGGCUGGAAUCUUGAUAAGUACAAGUUCCUCCACAUGGUAGAGAAAGCCUGGGAGAUGCGGCCCAAUAAGGAGUGGUACGUGUUUGCUGAAGCCGACACCUACGUCUUCUGGUCGAAUCUUGUGUGGUACCUUCGCAACAGGGUCAAUGGUACAGAGACCCCAUACGUCGGCAGUGUUGCCAUGCUCAAGGGAAAGCCAUUCGCCCAUGGUGGCAGUGGUUAUGUCAUUCACGGAGACACCAUGAGGAAGAUGGUUGAGAUUCCUGACUUGGCACACAAAUACGAUAUGAUGGCUACCCAUGAAUGCUGUGGUGAUUACCUCAUGUCCCUGGCUGUUAUGGAAACCGGAAAGAAGGUCAAACAGGCACACCCCAUGUUCAACGGCGAGAAGCCUGUAACCCUACCAUUUGGCAACAAUCACUGGUGUGAGCCUCUCUUGACCAUGCAUCACAUGAACCCCGAGGAAGUCAGUGACGCUUGGCAUUUCGAGAAGACGCGACAGAAACAGGGGUUCAUCCAAAUCAGAGAAAUGUAUCACCAGUUUUGGGCUCCUCAGCUGGAGGCGGAGCACGACGAGUGGGAUAAUUUGUCUGACGACGUUUGCUACAUUGGAUUCGGUCCUGAAGCUCAGGGCAAGGCCACUGACCACCAGAAGGGCCGGCAAAGGAAGGAAAACGAGAAAAAUGCCAUUGAGCAACACGCUCACCGAUCUAAGGAGCACUGCGCUAUGGUCUGUGAGGCUGAAAACCUCGACAUUUCGGAGGACGACUAUUACAAUCUCAAGGACGACAAAGAACGCAACGAGAUGAUCAGGUCUCGUUACAGCCAGAAGAAGGGCAACAAGGAGUGGCACGCUGGCCGCCGCUGUUUCCAAUGGCGCUACCACAAUAACGUCUGCUGUAUCGCCAGGAGUUUCAAGAGAGGCAAGCCUCGCAAGGAGCAAAAGCCAGAAGAGAAGUGGACCAGUGGCUGGUUUGUGCAAGGCAUCAACGAUUGGAUCGACGCCAAGGGUGAUUGUACACCAAAGUGGAAGGAAUAG